GUGCACCCAUGUGACUGGAAGGGCUGCAGGAUGCACAUUCCUGUGGAGCUCAAGCAGGUUUCUAAACACCUUAAGCAACAUCAUGAUAUCAACACCAGCGCCACCAGCGAGGACACGGAAAAAAUUACAUGUCUUUGGAGCGGUUGUCUUGAUACCCAUACGAAACCAGGGAAUCUCUCCCGUCAUGUCCUGACGCGCCAUCUUGGAGUCCGGUGGAUUUGCUCGCAUUGUCAGUCCUCACUCUCGCGAGAGGACGCCUUUCGACGACACUCGCUCGAAAGACCGAACUGUCAG